AUGACGUUCGGCACACCUCAACGUCAACGAGCGCCAUCUGAAGAUUCCGACAUCUGCAGUGCAUCCGUUUCUUCUCCAUCAAAUGUCUCCAUUCACAGUCUCACAGAAGCCAGGCUUCGAGAGGAGGAGGAUCUGGGCAGAUAUAGUCCCCGAGCCGCCGUCGCUGGUCGCCUAGGCGAAUUGGCCAUUCAAGCGGAUCCUCUAUCCACACCGCAAUUUACGCAUGGCCGCUUCGACCAAACACCAAUGGCCCAGCCCCUGCAUACAUCCUGGCCCGAUCUGGACAAUCGUGGGAUGGCAGCGUCCAAUCCUGCACCAGCGAGUCAAGAUUGGGCUGGUGGGCUGUCGGCGGCGACGCCCGAGAAUGAUCAUAGUGACCGUCGCCACCAUGAAAAUACACCGAAUGCAAAUCCUACUAUACCAAACAUAUCGCCGAAAAAAGCUGGUUCCGCAAGCCCUCGCAAGAAACGAAAUCCGCUGGCAGCUGCGAAACCGCGCGGUCAAAGACGAUCCCCACCGCCCCCUCAAAGUGCGCCUGAAAACCCUCUCACAUGGCAGGACUCUGAAAUCACCGGGCACAAUCCUACCGAUCCAAGUGAUGAUGGAUAUGGGAUAAAUGGACUUGGCUUUAAGCCAACAGCGUCGAUUGCUUGGAACAGAUCGCAGAGAAGGCAGAAACAAGUCGCCGAUUGGAGGAGUCGCGAGGCACGGGAGGCACGGGAAAAGCGAAGGGAGAAACGAGAGGGCAUCGAGCUUGACAAAAUCCGCACUAUUCAGAAAGGUGCUAUCCAGAAGAAGGUCAAGUUCGACGUUUAA